UCACACCCCAGGUCAGGCCCUCCUCGAUGUGAACUCCCAGGAAGUCUUGGUCACUUCCUGUCGUAACACGUCCGUGCACCCGGUCAGUGGUGUUAGAAAGAUGGGAAAUAGAAAGAGCAAGGGUGGCGCGGAGAAGAUGACUUUGUCACUGUGGAUAUUUGGGCUUCUGCUGAUUAGCCUGCCUGGGGCACAUGGAUUCAACCUCAACUCCUUUCCUGAAAACUUUGUGGUGGCUAAAAAGGAUCAUCAAGCCACUCUGACCUGUGAUGUGAAGUCUGAUGAGUCUAUUAAAUGGAAAUUUAACAACGAGUCGUUGGACGAUGAUGAGGCAAAUGGUCGGAGCCUGACAGUGAGCGAGGUGGAGGAAGCGUUGGUGGGAGAAUACAGCUGCUGGAGAGGAGGAGAACAGUUGUCAUCUGUUUAUCUGCUGCUGGACACCGAGGGAGAUGUGUCAGACUCCCCGCUCACUUGCCGGGCGCAGUCUUACCACUGUAACUUCAGCUGUAAAUGGACCAGCGAACACAAAGUAGUGCGCCUUGGACUGGGCCACAACUGCAGUGUUGAUGAGAAGUCCUGCCACUGGGUCAAGCCUAAUCUGCCCCUAGAGGGGGGAUUCCAGUUUGAGCUGUAUCACUCCCUCUCACCUUAUGCUGAGGAAAGCACCAUGCUGACAGUCACUGCUGAGGCCAUCGACGAGGACUACUCCUUCCUCAGGCUGACCGAGAGAUUUUAUCUCAGAGAGAUCAUCCAACCUGACAGUCCCACAAUUGUUAAUUGUCAGAAGGUGGGUCACCAUCUGAAUGUGACCAUAGAGCCACCGUCUAGCUGGUCCACUCCUUACAGCUUCUUCAAUCUGGAGCACCAGAUUGAAUACGUGCACAGAGACGACGGCGCGAUUGAAAGUACGUCCUCGACUCUGAUACCGUGGAAGAUCAGCAGCCUGAGGGUGCGCUCCAGAGAUGCCUUGGUGCUCUCUGAGUGGAGCCAGUGGACUCCCUGGAAAAAUGUGCAUGCAGGAAAAAAGAAGCUGUGUAAAUGCAAAAACACUGUAAAAUACUGCUGUCCACAGCUGUCACCUGAAGACUUGCUGCACUGCAAGAAAAAGAAGAAGAAAAAUAAGAAGUUGAGGACAAACUGAGACUGUUGUGUUUCGUGCACUUAACUGGAUCCCAGUGUCAGAGGAUAACAUUUCAAAUCUCAGGGAAAUUAAAUUUGACUUUGUCACCCUCUCAGUCUUCAAAUGUGAGAGGGGCUUAUAGAAGUACAAGUAAGAUCUUUUUUAAUGGAGCAAGGUAACUGAUUUAUAAUCAUAUCUGCAGUGGCAUUGUGCAACUUCAUUGUGACUUUAAGUGCAAAAAGUGUUUCUUUCAUUCAAUGAAAAGUCACAUGUGAAAACUGGUGUGUAGCUCUCCCUGUAUGACCACAAUUGUUUCACAUGUGAACAUUAUGCCUGGGCCCCAUUUCACAUGUUCACAGGUGAGAAAGGAGAAGGGAAACCUCACGUUUCCACAUAUGAAAACCAAUAUUCAUCCAAUAAGCACACAUGCUCUAAAUUCAUUUUUACAUUUCAUUUUGUUGUAAGGACUGAUUUAAUAUUUCACAAUGGUGGUGAACAAUUAACUUAAAUAACUUGUAGACCUUUUUGGUUUGGUGUAAAGCACUCCAACCAUGAAACUAGAAAUUGUAUACUGUAUAGACUUAAAAGUGGCAGCACAAUGAGUGGGAGUGAAUGGGAGGCCUGUUAUAACCAAAUGAGCUUUACUGUAUUUCACAAUGGCAUACAACAAUAAGUACAACAGCAGUGUUGUCAAUAAAGUAGUAUUGAAGUAUAAGUCAUUUCAACAAACAAGAAAUUAAAAAAAAAAAAAAUUGCUUGCUGCUGGACGUUUGGACCGGUUUCAGCAGGCCAUGCACAGAUUUUUUUUUUUCCACGUGUUUACGCUUUUUGGAAAGGAGAAGGCCUUUUAGUCAGAAAUUCUGGACCAGGAAUGUGAUUUUUCUUUCACUUUCUCAUACCUUGGAAAUGUUCCAAAAAGCCCCAGUAAAAGUCACACAUCAUUUCUGAAGAUAUUUAUAGCUGCAAAAAAUUAAAAAAAAAAAAAAAAAACAAAAACAGCUCUAUC